GUGCUUGAACUAACUAAUUUGAUUGUUUUUGUUGAAAAUAUUCGCACGGCGUCUAAGAAUUUUUGCGCGUUGUAGGUGGUUAAGAGCCACAGAAAGAGAUUUGUUCAACAUACAGCACACUUUAAAUUCAUAAUGGAAAUUCAACAGCUUGAAAUUUUGUGCAAGCAACUUUACGAAGCUACGGACUCUAUUAUACGGUCAGAUGCUGAAAAGAGACUUGUUACGUUUGUAAAUAGUCAGGAUGCAUUACCCAAGUGUCAGCUAUUGUUGGAUCGUGCUAAUUCUAGCUAUGCGCAGCUACUUGCUGCGUCUACACUCACCAAGCUAAUACAAGGACUAACACUAGAGCAGCGUAUUGAUAUACGUAGUUAUGCCCUAAACUAUUUGGCCACUCGGCCAAAUUUACAACAUUUUGUGGUGCAAGCACUUGUUACUUUAUUGGCAAAAAUCACAAAAUUUGGUUGGUUUGAUUCCUAUAAGGGUGAAUUAGUAUUUCAAAACUUGCUGGAAGAUGUCAAAAAGUUUUUGCAGGGCUCUGCCGAACAUUGCACAAUCGGAGUGCAAAUUCUCUCACAACUUGUUUCUGAAAUGAAUUCAAUUGUUGAGCCGGAUGGUCAUUUAUCAUUUUCAAAAAAUCGUAAAAUAGCUACAUCCUACCGAGAUCAACAGCUCUAUGAUACCUUCCUACUUUCCUGCUCACUUUUGAUUACAGCACGUGAAAAUAGUAAAAACUUGAAUUUUUUGGACGAGUCUCAAAAGUCGUUAAUAUCACAAGUUUUGCGACUUACAAAGAAUUGUCUGAGCUUUGACUUUAUUGGUAGCUCUACAGAUGAAUCAGCAGACGAUAUGAACAAUGUGCAGAUACCGACAGCCUGGCGUCCAGCAUUUCUAGAUAGCAACACGUUAAAGUUGUUUUUUGAUUUGUACCAAAUACUACCGAAUGGACUGGCGAGCUACUCAUUAUCGUGUCUGGUGCAAAUGACAUCUGUAAGACGUUCUUUGUUUAGUAACUCGGAGCGUACGAAAUUUCUAACCAAUUUGGUUGAAGGUGUUAGAGAUAUACUUACCAAUUUACAUGGCUUAAGUGAUCCUGAUAACUAUCAUGAGUUCUGCCGCUUGCUUGCGAGAUUAAAGUCCAACUAUCAGUUGGGUGAGCUAAUUGCUGUACCUUGUUACCCUGAAGCCAUAGAUCUGAUAGCCAAGUUCACCGUACAAUCGUUGCAUAUGUGGCUCUUUGCACCAAACAGUGUGCAUUAUCUGCUGACACUUUGGCAACGCAUGGUCGCUUCAGUACCGUAUGUUAAAUCACCGGAUCCACAUCUGCUUGGCACAUAUACGCCUGAAGUCAUUAAAGCCUACAUUGAGUCGCGUCUCGAUGCGGUGCCGCUGAUUGUGCGUGAUAAUAUGGAGGAUCCUUUGGAUGAUCUGUGUAUGGUCCAGCAACAGCUUGAACAAUUGUCCGUUAUCGAGCGCUGCGAAUACAACAAAACCUGCAAUUUGCUAGUCCAGCAUUUUGAUCAAAAAGCACGCGAGUAUGAGAAUCUUAUACAAACGCUCAACGCCAAUCCGAUUGAUGUAACGGUGCAUGAGUUGCAGCUAACGUGGCUGGUUUAUAUUAUUGGCUCGGCUAUUGUCGGCCGACUAUCUGUGACGACUAGCGAUGAGCACGACAACAUGGACGCUGAGCUUGUCAUACGCGUGCUGCAGCUGAUGAGCUUAACUGACUCACGGUUACCUCAGACGGGCUGCGAGAAACUCGAAUUGGCCAUACUGAGCUUCUUGGAUCAGGUGCGCAAGAUGCACAGCAGCGAUCAGGCACAGAAGGCCACUGUAUACAAGCGACUGAGUGAAGUAUUUGGACUGAAUGAUGAACAGAUGCUCCUGAGUUUUAUAAACCGCAAAAUCAUAACAAAUUUAAAGUUUUGGGGUCGCUCUGAACAAAUAAUCACAAAAACUUUAAUGCUAUUAACUGAUCUCUCUGUGCACUUUAAUUCAGUGCGCAAGCUGGCGCGCCUGGAAGAAGUGCAAUUCAUGUUAACUCAUCACACAAGCGAACAUUUCCCAUUUCUUGGCACGAGCUCCUCACCUAACGAAAUGCGUUGCCGCACAAUGUUUUAUACAUCACUUAGUCGCCUGCUAAUGUUUGAUUUGGGCGAGGACGAGGAACGUUUCUACACCUUCUUAACCCCACUUACUAAUCAAUUCGAGUCAUUAGGAACUGUACUAAUGGACACGAAUAAUAUCCCAAAUGAAGAAGCUAAGAAAGCAAUUAUUGGCUUGGCGCGGGACCUUCGCGGACUGGCAUUGCCCUUAAAUGCUCGUGUACAAUAUACGAUGCUUUUUGAAUGGCUUUACUAUACGGACUACCUACCAAUUCUGCUACGCGCUGUUGAGCUGUGGGCACAUGAGCCGGCUAUAACAACUCCAGUUUUAAAGCUAUUCGCUGAGCUCGUACAUUGUCGCACGCAACGAUUAGCCGGAAAUGUAUCCAGUCCCAUGGGCAUUUUGUUGUUCCGUGAGGCAUCAAAAUUGAUUUGCAUUUAUGGCAAUCGAAUUUUGCAUCUGGAGGUCGCAAAUGAUCAGCUUUAUCCCAUGAAACUAAAAGGCAUAUCAAUAUGCUUUUUGAUUUUAAAGAACGCCCUUGGCGGUAAUUAUGUAAAUUGUUGCGUUUUUAAAUUGUAUGGUGACGACACUUUGCACAAUGUGCUUGACAUUAUAGCCAAGCUAAUACUUUCUAUACGUCAGAGUGAUUUAUUGGAAUAUCCAAAACUAUCAUCGGCUUAUUAUAAUUUAUUAAACUGUCUAUCUCAAGAUCAUGUCACAUAUCUUGCUGCAUUAGAGCCUCGUGCCUUUGUCUAUAUAUUGGAAAGCUUGGCUAAAGGACUUGCAGCCUUAGCCAUAGAUUCCUCCAUCUAUAUCAGUUGUUGUACAAUUUUGGACAGCAUUGUUUCCUACAUAUUUAAGCAGCUUCAAUUAAAAGUUUCCACAUUUCCAAACAAAAAAAUACGCAAUUUAACUCGUGAAAAUUCCCAAUUCCUAAAGGUGGUCGAAAUGAACUCUGAGCUCCUACAGAACAUGAUGUCAGUGUUGUUAAACAAUGUACUUGCUGAGGAUUGCCGAAACCAAUGGUCCAUGUCCCGCCCUUUGCUAGUACUGAUACUUCUCUAUGAAGACUAUUAUCGGGGUCUGAAAGAAAGCAUAAUACGUGGGCAGCCGCUUGAAAAGCAGCAGACAAUGGCGCAGUGGUUCGAUGACUUAAUGCUGGGCAUAGAACGCAAUGUUUCCAGCAAGAAUAAAGAAAAAUUCACACAAAAUUUGUCAACAUUUCGACGUGACGUAGUUAAUCUCCCAAAAACAUCGACUUAUGGAGCAGAAAAUGCAUACCAGGUGUACACAGAAACAAGCUAUUCAAUAUCGGUGUAAUAGGCGGGAUACAAUAACAAGCUGCUUCCCCACUGGUGUUACCUGCCAACUACCGUCAUUAUAAAUUUUCCAGAGUUAUUAUUAAUUUUUUAUUAUGUACUGCGUCUGAACAAUGUAUAGAUAAGAAAAUAAAUAAUUUUUAACAUC